AUGAGUGCUCGCGAUGGCGUUCGCGGCAUGGGUACUCUGGGACGGCGGCAGCGCUUCGAGAACUCUGAGUUCACUGUUCGCGUCUAUCCAGGCACCCUGGCCGAAGGCACCAUCUAUUGCCCGAUUAGUGCUCGAAAGACUACCACAGCUGCUGACACCAUUGAACGCGUCAUCGACCGUCUCCACCUGGACCGUACAAAGUGUUAUGUUCUGGCAGAGGUAAAAGACUUUGGUGGAGAAGAAUGGAUUCUCAACCCCAGCGAUUGUCCUGUGCAGAGAAUGAUGCUCUGGCCCCGUGUGGCUCUAGAACAUCGCUCUCUUUCUGGAGGCGAAGAUUACCGCUUCCUUCUCAGGCUGAAAAACCUAGAUGGUUCAAUUCACUAUGGUGACAGUCUCCAGAUGUGGCUGCAAGUCACAGAGGAGCGCAGGCGCAUGGUGGAACUUGGACUGCUGCCACAGCCUGAAUCUCAAGGUGACCUUGCUGAUUUAUGCCGUCUGCCUGAGCUAAAUGAGCGCUCGCUGCUGGACAACCUGCGCUCACGCUUCCGGCAAGAAAAGAUCUACACCUACGUUGGAAGCAUCCUGAUUGUCAUCAACCCCUUCAAAUUCCUGCCCAUAUACAAUCCCAAAUAUGUGAAGAUGUAUGAUAAUCACUCACUUGGAGCUUUAGAGCCUCACAUCUAUGCAGUGGCUGAUGUUGCUUAUCAUGCAAUGCUACAGAGACAGAGGAAUCAGUGCAUUGUUAUAUCUGGGGAAAGUGGCUCUGGCAAAACACAAAGCACAAACUUUCUUAUUCAUCAUCUAACUGCUCUCAGCCAGAAAGGUUUUGCCAGUGGAGUGGAGCAGAUAAUCUUGGGAGCAGGUCCAGUAUUAGAGGCAUUUGGCAAUGCAAAGACAGCCCACAAUAACAACUCCAGUCGCUUUGGCAAAUUCAUCCAGGUCAACUACCAGGAAAGUGGAACUGUGAGAGGCGCAUAUGUCGAGAAGUACCUCUUGGAGAAGUCAAGGCUGGUCUAUCAGGAGCACAACGAAAGGAACUACCAUGUGUUUUAUUACCUGCUGGCAGGAGCGAGUGAAGAGGAGAGGACAGACUUUCACCUCAUGAAGCCUGAAGAAUACCAUUACCUCAGUCGGAUGACAAAGAAAACCCACCGACUGCACUGGGACAGUUACUGUGAGAGUGAAGCGGACUGCUUUACAGUUGAAGGAGAGGAUCUGAAGCAUGACUUUGAAAGGCUUCAGCUGGGGAUGGAGAUGGUGGGCUUUCUUCCCUACAUGAGAAAACAGAUUUUCUCCUUGCUAUCAGCCAUCCUCCAUCUGGGGAAUAUUCGCUACAAAAGGAAAACAUACAGGGAUGACUCCAUUGACAUCUGUAACCCAGAGGUUUUGCCUGUGGUCUCAGAACUCUUGCAGGUGAGAGAAGAGAUGCUGAUUGAAGCUCUGACAACGCGGAAGACAAUUACUGUGGGCGAGAAGCUGAUUGUCCCUUACAAACUAGCAGAGGCAGGUACAGUGAGAGACUCCAUGGCAAAAUCACUGUACAGUGCAUUGUUUGACUGGAUUGUCUUCAGGAUCAACCAUGCUCUGCUCAAUAUUAAGGACUUGGAUGAACCCACCAAGAUCUUGUCCAUUGGCGUUUUGGACAUUUUUGGUUUUGAGGACUACGAGAACAACAGCUUUGAGCAAUUUUGCAUCAAUUUUGCCAAUGAGCGUCUUCAACACUACUUCAAUCAGCACACUUUCAAGCUGGAACAGGAGGAGUAUAGGGUGGAGGGCAUCAGCUGGAGAACUAUUGACUACAUUGACAAUUCAGGCUGCAUCAAUCUCAUCAGUAAGAAGCCCACAGCUUUGUUUCACCUGCUGGAUGAAGAGUGCAACUUUCCACAAGCCACCAACCAGACCUUACUUGAUAAGUUCAAGCGGCAGCAUGAAGGGAAUAGGUACAUCGAGUUCCCUGCUGUCAUGGAGCCCGCGUUUAUUAUCCGACACUAUGCUGGAAAGGUCAAAUAUGGUGUCAAGGAUUUCAGGGAGAAGAACACAGACCAUAUGAGACCAGACAUCGUGGCGCUGUUGAAGAGCAGCAACAAUGCCUUCAUCUGCAGUCUGAUCGGCAUUGAUCCGUCAGCCACGUUUCGCUGGGCAGUACUCAGAGCUUACUUCCGGGCCUUAGUAGCUUUCAGACAGGCUGGGAAGAGGCACACCCCUAAAAGGGCUGGGCAUGAUGACGCUGUUCCCUGUGCAGUUUUGAAAAGUGUGGAUAGUUUUAGCUUUCUGCAGCACCCUGUGCAUCAGAGAAGCUUAGAGAUCCUGCAGAGAUGCAAAGAGGAAAAGCACAGUGUGUGCAGAAGGAGUCCACGCACACCACUGUCAGACCAUCAGGGGAGCAACACCAUCAAUGACAAAGCUCAGCGCCAUGCCUGGAACGGGCGGGUGGGACGACAGCAUCGUUUAUCAUCCAGCAGCUCCACUACAGAUGAAGAUGGCCUCUUUGUCAACUCUGCUAGCAGCAAGAUUUUGGAGCGAGCUCAUGACAUCCUCAUGAGAAACAAAAACCACAAAGCCAAGCUAGUUCUUCCUAAGCACUUAUUGAAUGUCAAGUCCCUUAAGUACCUCAGCAACCUGACGCUCCAUGACCGAAUCACCAAAUCAUUGCUUCACCUUCACAAGAAGAAGAAACCACCCAGUAUCAGUGCACAGUUCCAGGCCUCUCUUAAUAAAUUAAUGGAGACUCUGGGUCAGAGUGAGCCUUAUUUUGUCAAGUGCAUCCGUUCAAAUGCUGAGAAGAUGCCCUUGCGGUUUGAUGAAAACCUAGUGCUAAGGCAGCUGCGUUACACGGGAAUGCUGGAGACUGUGCGUAUCCGGCAGUCUGGUUACAACAUCAAGUACAGUUUUAAGGAUUUUGUCAAUCACUUCAAUGUUCUGCUACCAGACAGAACAAGUACUAACAGAGAGGACAUCCAGCACUGGCUUGACCAAAAGGGCCUAAAACCGGAUGGUUAUCAAGUUGGAAAGACAAUGGUGUUUCUACGGGAGGCCGAGCAUCAGCAGCUGCAAGCCCAACUUCACGGAGAAGUUCUCAGGCUAAUUGUCAUGCUACAAAGACGAUUCAGAGCCCGAUUGGAGAGAAAGCGGUUUCUAAAAAUGAGAGCUGCAGCAAUCUGCAUUCAGAGAUGGUGGCGCUGGUCCAGACCCUUGAAAGACGAGGAAGAGCAAAUUGACCAGAAUGCCCGUGUAGAGGCAGCGUUGUACUUGCAGACACAGUGGAGGGGGUACAGGGAACGUCAGAGGUUCAGGUUGUGGAAAGAGGCCGCGUUAGUGCUUCAGAGGGCAUGGAGAUUGUGGCUGUGUCGACGCAGCACGGCAGCUCUGGUCAUCCAGACCGCCUGGCGCUGUCAUCGAGCGAGAGAGGCCUAUUUGCGUCACUAUGCUGCUACCGUCCACAUUCAGGCGUUAAUCCGAGGCUACCUCGCUCGGGAACGCUUCAGACAAUUGACUAAACAGAAGCUUAGGGAGAAUGGACCAGUGAGCUUUUCACCAGAAGAGGAGCCCCAGAAGAGAGCCAUGGGUUUGGACCUUAGCACUUGGGAGGAGCACUCCUACGAGGACCGGGAAAAGACACUCAAUGUCCUUGGCAGGACAGAUGGAGAGUUGAAAGUGGAAGGCAUGGCGGGAGAAUAUGCCAGCUCGCCUACAUGGAAUUCUGAGACGCCUCCCUCUCUCACGACAUCCACAGUUGUGGUGCGAGAGAAGCUCAGAGCAGCUGAUGAGAUCAGCCAGAAAGCCGCCCGGGCCAAGAGAGAGAGCCGGCGCAUGCGAGAAUUGGAGCAAGCUAAAUUCAGUCUGGAGCUCCUCAAGGUCCGUGCUACCUGUGGUGGAAGCUCGCCAACUUCUGAGGAAAGGCGCUGGUCUGAGGAACUGGUGCCCUCCAUCACUCCCCCUCUGUGUUCACCACAGGGCACACCUGACAGUCAGAGUUUUGAAGGCAGCUUUGAACUCUUAAGUAUUGAGGAUGCUCCCAAAGCUAUGGAAGAGGUGACUGACAGCGAAGACCUCUGCUCGCCUAUUGGCUCACUCGGAGCAUUGUCAGAAACUACUAUUGAGGCGCUCCCUGUUAGCCCAAAGACAGAGCAACUGAACACAGUUCCAGCUUUAGAUGCUGGAAGCCAUUUUCAGCAACAAACAGAACCUGCUGUCUCUUCCGUACGUCCGUCCAAACUCCCAACUUUCUACGUCCCCUCCAAUGAAAGCAGCGCUAUAAUUCCUAGCCAUCCAAGAGAAACGCCCAUGCAAAACACAAGUAUUGCCGCUCCUACAACAACAGCCGCUAAGUCUUUGAAAGAAAGGCGAGACUCGACACGUAAACCGGUGGUGGUGGUCAUCAGCAUGCAGAAAGAAACCCCACUGAGUGAAGAACUAAGCGACCUGGUCCAUCCUAGGGUUGAGGUUUGCAAAUCAGUUUCUCGAGGGAAUGUUCCGGCUCCAGUGCCUCAUCUCCUCCCUCAGGAUGAUCAGCUUGUUUUGGAGAAGCUGGUGAGGUUGAACGAGGAGAAGGAGGAGAGGCAGCGUAAUCAGAAACAACAGAAUGAGAGGAAGAUGAUGGAGCAGAUUAGACAGCAGAAAGAAGCGUUGGAACAGCAGCGCCUUUUCUUUGUUCACUAUGAGAGCGAAAUGUUUGAGAAACAGAGGGAAGAGGCUCUGCAGAAGAUACACCAGAGAAGGCAAAGUGAACAAGAUGCUGGUGGGCGUGCCAUCUCGAGCAAAACACCUAGACCCAGAUCUCUGCUCAUGGAGAGGACAUCAGGGAUAGCUCCUCACUGUAGAACCCAUUCCGAAUCAUCUGAUCAUUUGGUCCACUGUCAACAAGGUGGCACUAUCCCCAGAAGUGUUGCUAUUCCACAGCAGCCUUUUCCACCUGCCUCUGCACCCACAGACAGGCGUAAGGAGAGCAAGCCUGCUGUAGAGGGCUGGACACCCAAACUCACCCUGGAGUCCAAAGACGGAGCAACCAGCGUAAGAGCAGCUAACAAGAAGGCGCAACAUGGUCAGGGCUCCACAGUUAAUCUGACGGGCAAGCCAGGAAAUAUCUUCUUCUCUCCCAAGGACAAAGUGGGCAGAGCGGGGUACAAAAAGAAAGCCCGGAUGUCGCGGACUCGCUCAGACUUCCUCACCCGAGCCCCUAUCCUCUCUGUUGGGGGCGAUACAGAUGAGGAUGACUAUGAUGCUACCAGUCCCCAACAUUCCCCUCUACCCCUUUCCAAGCAGAGCUCUACAGAGGAAGGCCUAGGAGGCUCCUGUUUUAGUGACUCCGACAUGGUAACAGGUUCCAUCGAUGCAAAAAAGAAUCUACACAAAGUGCUUUCAUCAGGAGAUUUAAGAAAAUCAGACUCUUUGCGCAAGAACUCACAGGAUGCAAGCAAAGUUCGUGGAAAGAUGCGUUUCUGGGGCAAGACCAGGCACAGUGAUAAAAAGACCUCCAGAGAGAAGCUGAUUUGUGGGGCUGAUUUUCAGGAAGGAGAUUAUGGAGACAAUGGGCCAUUGCUGGGAGAAGGUCAAGAAAACCUGUCUCCUCGCUACAGUCCUGAUUUUACAUUGGACCGAGGGUUUAAAGACUUGAAAGAGAAUAAGGAACCUUCUCCCAAGGUCAAGCGAAGACGCAGUGUUAAAAUCAGCAAUGUGGCUGUGGAACCUAUUCAGUGGUCAAGUGAUGGUCUGCAGAUUCUCACCUGCACAAAUGACUACAAAAGCAUGAAUGAAUUUCUCAUGAAGAAGAUCAAUGACUUGGACACUGAGGACAGCAAGAAGGACACCAUGGUAGAUGUUGUUUUCAAAAAAGCAUUGAAGGAAUUCCGUUUGAAUAUCUUCAACUCCUAUUCUACAGCCUUGGCGAUGGACGGCAGUAAGAGCAUCCGCUAUAAGGACCUUUAUGCUUUGUUUGAGCAAAUCCUUGAGAAGACCAUGCGGCAGGAGCAGAGGGACUGGAGAGAGUCACCUGUUAGGGUUUGGGUUAACACCUUUAAAGUCUUCCUGGAUGAGUUUAUGACUGAGUAUAAAACCCUGGACAGCACACAAACGAAGCAACCUAAACCUGAACGCAAAAAGCGGAGGAAGAAAGAUGCAGACAUAGUGGAAGAGCAUAAUGGCCACAUCUUCAAAUCCACCCAAUAUAGCAUCCCCACUUUCUGUGAAUACUGCUCAUCGCUCAUCUGGAUGAUGGACCGUGCCUGUGUUUGCAAAUUGUGCCGUUACGCCUGCCACAGAAAGUGCUGCCAAAAGACGACCACCAAAUGCAGUAAGAAGUUCGACCCAGAGCUUUCGUCAAGACAAUUUGGUGUUGAGGUGUCACGUCUGACAAAUGAUGAGCGAACGGUGCCCCUUGUGGUGGAGAAGCUCAUCAACUACAUCGAGAUGCACGGCCUCUACACUGAGGGAAUUUACCGAAAAUCGGGCUCCACCAAUAAAAUUAAGGAACUAAGGCAGGGACUUGACAAAGAUGUGGAGAACAUGAAUCUGGAUGACUAUAACAUCCAUGUGAUUGCUAGUGUCUUCAAACAGUGGUUGCGAGACCUGCCGAGUCCUCUGAUGACAUUUGAGUUGUAUGAGGAGUUCGUACGUGCUAUGUGUUUGCAGGAUAGAAAAGAAAUGAUCAGAGGAGUUUAUUCAGUGGUCGACCAGCUAAGCAGAAAUCACCUGAACACCCUGGAACGGCUCAUAUUUCAUCUGGUCAGGAUUGCUUUGCAAGAGGAGACAAACCGUAUGUCAUCUCAUGCCUUGGCCAUAGUAUUUGCUCCCUGUAUCCUGCGCUGUCCGGACAGUAUUGAUCCUCUUCAGAGCGUCCAGGACAUCAGCAAAACCACAGCGUGUGUCGAACUUAUCAUAUGUGAACAGAUGACGAAGUACAAAAUGCGACUGAAGGACAUCAAUACCCUGGAGUUUGCCGAAAAUAAGGCCAAAUGCAGACUAACCUUUAUCCGAAGAUCAAUGGGAAAAGGGGACUUUCGGCAUCUGAGCUCCCACUCUCCUUCACCUCCCGUGAGCCCACGACUUCUUUCUUUGACGGACACUGUUAAAGAGGAGAGGGAUGGCGAUGAGGGGGAUGAAUCUGUGGUUGAAAUCUCCGAGCAUCAGCACGCAGCAAUGGAGCAGGAGGAAAAAGUGCUGACUGAGCAAAUUGAGAACCUGCAAAAAGAAAAAGAGGAGCUGACUUUUGAGAUGCUGACUCUGGAGCCACGAGCAUCGGAUGAUGAGACUCUGGAGUCAGAAGCUUCCAUCGGCACAGCUGACAGCUCUGAAAACCUCAAUCUGGACUCUGAAGUCAUUUCAGAUUUCUCUGCGAGAGGUUCGGUUUUGACUUCCCCUUGGUCUCGGCGAUCUGAUGGAAAAAGCCAACGACAACGCACUCUGAGGCGGCAACCCGACUCCCUGGAUUCGGUGGAUUCUUCCUCCAGUGUUUCCCCCUACUCCUCCUCGUCUCACUUCCAUUCGUCAACUUCCCCCAUCUCAAACACUAGCCGCGGCUUUCAAUUCCACUCAACUUCUAAGUCUCCCUCCUCAAGCUCAGGUGCAUCACAUGUACCUCAAUGUUCCCGCUCGGACAGUUUAAACUGCAGUCCUACAGCAGAGCUGGACAGCGUGUUUGAUGAAAGACCAAAAUUUACCAGCCGCAGGACAUUCAAUCCAGAGAAAGGCAAACAGAAACUUAGGAGCACCAAACAUUUAUCCCAGAGGCACACCCGAGAAAGCGGCGCUCACAGCAGGGAACCUCCUGACAUACAGCAGCAGCUUGUGUUGUACGGUAGUAAUGAAUUCAUGGUAUGA